UUCUCCGGCCCACCCCGUCCCCGCCGGCCCGGUGGCGGAGGCGGUGCGCUGUUACCCGCGGAACCCUUGGAGCCCGGAUCAUGUCGCUGCGAGUGGCGAGGAGCGCGCGGGCCGUGGCCUGUAGCCUGCGCACUGCCCUGGCCUCCUGCCCACCGCGGCCUUGGACGCCGAGCGCCGCCGCUGUCCGCACCUUGCGCACCGGAUCCGCCUUGCUGUCGGUGCGUAAAUUCACAGAGAAACAUGAAUGGAUAACAACAGAGAACGGUAUUGGAACGGUGGGAAUCAGCAAUUUUGCACAGGAAGCUUUGGGAGAUGUUGUUUACUGUAGUCUGCCAGAAAUUGGGACAAAAUUGAAAAAACAAGAUGAGUUUGGUGCUUUGGAGAGCGUGAAGGCUGCCAGUGAACUCUACUCUCCUCUGUCAGGAGAGGUAACUGAAGUUAAUGAAGCACUUGCAGAAAACCCAGGGCUCGUCAACAAAUCCUGUUACGAAGAUGGUUGGCUGAUCAAGAUGACACUGAGUGACCCUUCUGAGCUGGAUGAAUUAAUGAGUGAAGAAGCAUAUGAGAAAUACGUGAAAUCCAUUGAGGAGUGAACAUGGCAUCCCUCCUCUCCCAAAUAAAACUGUGGGAAGGAACCUGCUCUGGCAUGUUUGUCUAAAACUAGUGGAGGAUAGAAGACUUGAAAUAGCUUAGCAAUACUGAUGGAAACAAACUGUUCUCAACAGUGCUACUUAAGACCCCUACUUCCUAAUGGGUGCAAAUAAACAUAAUGUACAUAUUUUUAAUAAUCCACAUACUAGGUAUUUAGACUAGGGGCUAAGCUCUGGUGCUUAGAAUUCUUGAGAUCAUCUGUGAUAAAAAGUGGUUAUGAAGCUGGGGUUGGUGAUAAACCACCCUUUAAUCCCAGCACUCAACGGGCAGAUGUUAGUUCAAGGUCAGUCUGGUCUACGUAACAAGUUCCAUCCAGGCCAGCCACAGUUACAAGGUGAGACCCU